ACAGAAGCGUGGCGGGCAAAGAUGAUUCAGGCGAUUCUGGUUUUCAACAACCACGGGAAGCCGCGGCUAGUGCGCUUCUACCAGCGUUUCCCAGAAGAAAUUCAACAGCAGAUUGUUCGAGAGACCUUCCAUCUAGUUCUCAAGCGGGAUGACAACAUCUGUAACUUCUUGGAGGGUGGAAGUUUGAUUGGUGGCUCUGACUACAAACUGAUCUACCGGCACUAUGCUACCCUCUACUUUGUAUUUUGUGUGGACUCAUCAGAGAGUGAACUGGGAAUCUUGGACCUCAUCCAGGUUUUUGUGGAGACCCUGGAUAAGUGUUUUGAAAAUGUUUGUGAAUUGGAUUUGAUCUUCCAUAUGGAUAAGGUGCACUACAUCCUUCAGGAGGUGGUGAUGGGUGGAAUGGUGUUGGAAACAAACAUGAAUGAAAUCGUGGCUCAGAUUGAAGCUCAGAACAGGCUGGAGAAAUCCGAGGGUGGCCUUUCAGCAGCCCCUGCCCGGGCUGUGUCUGCUGUGAAAAACAUCAACCUGCCGGAGAUUCCUCGGAACAUCAACAUUGGCGAUCUCAACAUCAAAGUCCCCAACCUGUCCCAGUUUGUCUGAGGGUUGAAGACUGGGCUGAACUGGAGUCCUUGAAACAAGCAAAGCCAAGCCAGUCCUGCAACAGAUCCCACUCCAAGCCUUAGAAAUCAAGCCUUGGGCCCUGACCCUUGCUGUCUUGGCAUGGGGGCGGGAAUCCUGUGUCCAUUCCUAGCAUGUGCUCGGUUCUCACAUGUGCAGCCUUGCCGGUCUCUGAUACACGUGGCCACUGCCGAUGUGAGGGGUCCCUGGCUUCCUCAGUGGGGGGUCAGCAUGCCCAAGCCACUCACACCCUUUACCUCCUGCAUGCAGCUGCUCCCAGGGAUUGAGGACUGUCUUGAGAGGCCCACCUGCUUCCCAGUACCCCACCACUAGGACAUUCUCUGACUGGGGCCUUCAUCCUUAGCACCACAAGGCUUCUGAGGUCCUGUAGCAUUUAGUUUUGCUGGCAAGGUGCCAUAGCU